AUGUUCCACUCUCCGAGUAGUCUCCUCCGGCAUGGAAAUGUCGAGUACAAGCUCAAGCUGACGAAUAUAUCGCCCGCACGCUUCGCUCGGCUCGUCACGCAACUCAAGUGGCGUCUCCUUGAAGGCGGCGGCCAAGCAUACUAUGAGCUCGGCGUCGCUGACUCGGGCGCGCUCAUCGGCCUCUCACGCGCUGACCUCGAGCAGUCACUCGAAACCCUCGAGAUGAUGGCCGGCGAGAUCGGCGCGUCCGUUAUUGUCGUGAAGGAGAUUGAGGUCCCGCCCGCCAUGUAUACUCUCGCCGAUGACGCUGCGCGGCUCCUCGACCCCGUCACCGGCGGCUGGACACGCAAGAUGAAGCGCCGCAUGGUCUCACCCGGCGCAGGCGGCAGCGGCGAGGAGGAUGCCACGACAACCGCGACCGAGACCGAGACCGACUUCACGGACGGGGACUUUGAUGACACCCCGUCAGUCGGUACACCCGCCGAUGACCCGCACGUGUCUCAGCAUAACGUACGCUGCCAACCUUUCGCACACCGCGUCACAUCGCACCCGGGUCGACUUUCAACGCAGUCUUCACCGUUCAUUUCCCCGCUGGAUGACGACCUCGCGCUAUUUCCCAUGGAGCCUGAGCCGCCACACAUCUUCACUUCUACUGCUGCUGACGAUGCGCCCGCGCUCGUCCCCGCGUUCUCCGUCGACCUCGAAAUUGCGUCAGUGUACAAGCCGCGGCCGAUGCGCAGACGCACACAUGCUUUGCCUGCCGCUACCCCUGCUGCAGUGCUCCACGGUAAGCACGCACGGCGCCAGAAGUACAAGGAGAAGGAGAAGAAGACGCAACCCUGGCAUACGCCACCCGAGAGCGAGGGCAAUGUCACGGCGGCGCUGGGCAAGCUAGACUCCAAGGCGGCGCAACGUCGGCUUGCGCGCGACCGCAGACGUGAGGACAAGCGACGGGCGUACCAAGCGGCGCAGGGUGGGUCCACUGAUGCGCCGUCGGUAGAAUACGCAGCGGAGCCUGUUAUGGGCGCGGAUUCGUGCAUAGGUAGCCUCGUGGACGAGGAUCAGUUGGCGUGUGGGCUGGAAGCAUUGCAUGUUGAGGCAGCAGUAGCAUCGGUGCCUUCAACAUUUAGCUCAAUAGAUGGGGAGACCACCACUGAAGACGGCAAGCCUCCGAAUAUACAGCUUGGUGCUGGCCCGGGGGCAUCGCGCCUCAUCGUGGAGGCCCUCGUGGUGCGGAAGAUGUCCAUUGAAGAAGCAUUUCUGGACUUUGGAGGGUUCCAGCUUGUCUGA